AUGCCGAAUCCAGAAAAGAUACCAGAAGAGACCGCGCAGCUACGCGACCCUACAGGGAACAACAUCAACCAUAUAUCAAAGUGGUCGUUGCGCCUCCUUCCUGCCACGGAGAAGAUAGUCUAUGCCCUGGAGAAGCUCGAACCAAAGGUAAAGUGUCCUCGAAAGAUGAAGUCAGACCCAAGUGCCAGAAAAUCGGACGCCCUAUACGAGUUCCACCAAGAACAAGGGUACAAAAUAGAAGAUUGCAUCACCCUAAGGCAGGAAGUCGUAAACAUGUUACGACAAGGACACCUCAAAGAUUUGCUAAGCGAGCGGGGAAGGACCAACGCUGCUGGAGGAUGUGAACAACAUCAAGGACCGCCCAAACCGCCCUCACCGACCCGAACCGUUCACAUAAUAAUCUGUGGAGGCGAUGAUUCUUCCAUCAACAACGUGAAGUUCAACACUACCCACAAGCUCAAAUGGUCAAUCACUCGCGAACAGUAUGAUGAACUCGAAGAAAGUAUCAUCUUGGAUAAGUUGGAUACCAACGAUUUGGCUUUCCCUCACUAUGAUGCCCUUGUUAUUACUUAA